AUGCCAUCAGAUUCAGAAAACUCAGGUUCAGAGAUCUCAGGUUCAGGGAUCUCAGAUUCUUGGCACAAGUUCGACGACCUCGCGGACCGCUACGACCUUCUGUCAUUGUCUUGGGAAGACCUGGGUGAGCCGCCUAAGGAACCUGAAAGUCCGACAGCCGUAACAGAGGGAAAGAAAGAAUCACAUGGGACCGACACUGAGGAACAACACGCCAUGCCUUCCGAAGAGGCACAAGCCCAGGGCUUCUCCGAUGAUAUAACCCAGAUCCGAGCAUGUGCAGUCUUUAUUCAGUGCAGAUGCAUGCCGCAUCCACCAUCGGAACCAUCGAAAUAUUACCUUCUUCGUGUCCACCCAGAUUUGAAUCAUUCUGUGGACUUGUUCAACGCAUUCCCCAGCUUGCAUGACACAGACUCUGUUGAAGAGAAAGUCCGCUUUCGUCUUGAUAUACAACAUACAUUACGGUCUGUUGCCAACAAUACAUCUUACGAUUCGAAACACUUUUACUGUUCUCGGGCUGUUGGUGAAGGGGUACAUGGUACUUUGGCUGCCCGCAAUUCGUAG